ACUAGAAUUCUGGAAGCGUCAGCGAAAUGUCCGAUAAUGAUGCUCAUGGUUCUGAUGCCCAGCAACGGGUCGAAGAUGAAUAUCUAAAGGAUUUUAUGGAUUUAAGCCCAUGUGGUGAUCGUGGUAUCCUCAAAAAAGUAUUGCGAGAAGGCUACUCUGACGUCAAGCCAUGUGAUGGCGACACUGUGGUUGUACAUUAUGUCGGGACUAACUAUGGUGGGGAAAAACACGGUGAAGUCUUUGACUCAAGUAGGGCACGGGAUGAGAAGUUUGAAUUUACUAUUGGAAAUGGUAGUGUAAUUAGGGCUUGGGAUGUCGGUGUCGCUACAAUGAAGUUGGGAGAAAUUUGUGAACUAAUCGCGUCUCCUGAUUAUGCCUACAAAGAUGGUAAAACUCUAAAGUUCGAAGUGGAGCUUUUCGAAACCUUGGGCGCUGAUGUCAGCAGAAACAAGGAUGGAAGUAUUCGUAAAUCAACUAUUAGGAAAGGGAAGGAUAUCUAUAAUCCUGUUGCUGGUGCUGAGGCCACAAUUGUCUUCCGUAAUUUGACGGAUUCAGCAGAGAAUGUGGAGGUGACAUAUUGCGUCGGUGAUCCCCCGUUAACUGUGCCAGAAGAGUUGGAUCUGUGUGUUCGUCAUAUGAAUACAGAUGAAUUUAGUCGUGUUGUGGUAUACAAAGAUAAGAAUUCAGCAACUGAGGGUGCAGACGGACAUCGGGUAGUUUAUGAAUUAACGCUGAAGUCUUUUGAAAAGACUAAACAUCUAUCUGGUAUCUCAUCAUUCUCAGAGCAGAUGGCGUAUGCAAAUGUACUGAAAGAAAAAGCCAACAACUUUCUAAAGGUUUGUCGCCGUUUAGUCAUUAUGUCAGGACUCUAAAUUUGAUUCUGCUAUUGAAUUGUACAAACGUUUAGAUGACGAGUUGCAGUAUAUAGCGGCUAAUGGCCCUACAGAGCAGAAGGAAUUAUCCGCGGUUAUUGUAGCCGUCCGACUUAAUUUAGCUUUGAGUUACCUGAAGCAGUGUAAACCAGAUAAAUGUAUUGAGUUCUGCAAGAAAGUAUUGGACGUUUUUGGUAACAACGAAAAAGCGUUAUUCAGGAUAGGUCAGGCGCAUCUGCUGCGUAAAGACCACGAGGAGGCGUCAGUUUACUUCAAGAAAAUUGUAGAAAGCAAUCCCAACAAUGCGUCUGCUGUAAAGCAGUUGCAUAUGUGCGAGGAAGAGAUUAGAAAGGCUCAAGAUAUGGCAAAGAAAAGGUUCCGGAGCAUUUUCGAGCGCUGUAAAGACUCUGGAUUGGAUGGUGUUGAAGAACACAAAGACGGAGUCACGUUGAAUGGCGAGAAGUCUGCAUUGUAAAAGUCUGCUCCUUAAUGUAAUCUAAAUGAGCGAUCCGUGAUUUUGUAAAUGUUCCCCAUAAUUGUUACCAGUUUCAAAGUUGUGAAUAAAUCAUUGAACCUAGAUUUGUAUUCUCUAAUGAUUAAUAGCAGCACAUGGUUACCUUAGAGUUCAUACCCUAUAGAAAUUCUAAAUUGUUGCUAGUCUGCUUAGCAUUGUUGACUUCAUGGUCAGAUAAUUACCCAGUAAUCGGUUGUUUAUGAAUUGGCUCGCUUUUUGUUUUGAAUGCCUCUGACCGUGCUUCUAGCUAUCUUAAUGUACGAUGAACGGAUGUAACCGCAAAUAAUAACGCCCAACUCCAGCUAGGAGUACAACAUACUGUGUCGGGGGGGGGGUCUAGACUAUCGUAGCUCCAGGUAGCAACUAUGGCAGUGCAAAUCACUUUUUAGCGGCGUAAAGUACCCUCGCUCCAGUACUGACUGAGUCAUCGAUAUGCUCCAGUGCCGUCCCUGUUAUCCCCUGGUCAACAGGCGAGAGGGAUUGUUGGGGCCGUCGUAAGCUUAUCCGUAUGACAUUUGUUGCAUGGAUCACUUGGUGCUGCGUGGUAGCAUAAUGAAUCCAACCAAGACUGCGUAUCGAAAAGUGGGAGUGGAUGUCUGAAGUAUGAACAACUUCGACCGGUUUCGGGGGAGGAAGUUGGUGCGUUCAUCUGGGUCAUUGAGACAGGCUUCCUAUUAUGUUUUAGUGGGUCUUUAUCUGAUCCCAGUUAAGUCGUACGCUGAUUGCCGUCAAAACAUGUAUGCUACCAGCUUUCGUGUAUUGUUAUUGACUUAAUUCGCGUUGGUGAUCAACGGAAUGAAGUAAUCCAAGUUUGAGGAUGUGUUUUGGAUUUGCAUACUUUGUACACAUUGAUGCAAACAGACAUCGGAAAGAAAGGGAGCGAAUGGAAGGGGUACACAACAGAGGCGAGCGAGCCAACUGGUCUCGGCCGAGUGUGACUCAAUAUUUGUACUCAGACAAAUAAGUUACAGACGCGUAAUGAAUAUGUUGAGAGGUCAUAUGGAAACAUUCAGGGUCAACGAGCGGAUAAUCAACAAGGUCGAAGUGUAGCUUCAAAAAUGGUUAUCUGUAGCUUGGGUGGGUGAUCUUGAUGAAGUUUUGUUCUCAGAGGGGUGGAUAAGUUGGUCUGUCCAGAAGGUAGGGCAACCCGUGAGGGCUGGACGUAGUACCAGCCACUACAAUGACAUGUGAGCAGCCGCUCUACUACCGUGUCGUCCAUCCAAGUAGGUAUUUAGUACCUACCAGCUUGGCUCGUAUAAACCGUUGAUUAACUCGCGGGUCUAUUUGAUGUAUUGGUUGCGGAGGGAUGGUCCCUGUCUUCCUCCAAAACAUUUCGACCACCAUUUCGUAAGGUAAGCGGCAUACUCGCUUUAUAGUUGGAACCGGUGAGAUGAUUUUGAUAAUAACCUGCAAACCACCAAGUGUAAUGAAACCUCAAGACAGGUGGAACAGUCAACGUGCCCGAUUUCAUUCACUAUGGCCAGAAUAGGCACAUGCUGACCAUUUCCGAAGUGGCAUUUCGUAUUUAGGAAAAGUGAUCCCUAUCAUCCUCAGUCUGUUGCUCAAAGCGUAAAGAAUACUACACUUUAGCACUACAAAUACCUGGAUGGGGUCGCUAAGUUCAUGUUUGUUGUUCAUGGGUAAUGUUUAUUAGUGGAGGUUGGUCAGGACUCAGAAACUCGGGUUUAUAUAUUUUAGGUUUCAGAGUAUUAGGUUGUAAUUAUUUCUGGACACGUAUUUGAUAAUUGUUAAUUUUGCAUGAUUUUUAUCUUAUGUUUUGUGCUUUAUCCUAUCAGACAUCUAAGCACGAAAUCGUUUCACGCUCUUUUAGUGUCGUUUGUUCAAGUAACUAACAAUAAAUAUAUCAAAGAAGUAAAUCUAAUCUCAUGAAUAAUUGUUAUUUCCCCACAGUGUUUUGUUUCAUACGGUCUUAGUUUAACAAUCAAAGCACUGGUUAUAAUUAAUACUUCGUGCGAUAACUUAUAGAUUGACACAUUUCCAAAGCUCUUAUUCAUUGUGUAUAAUUUAGGUAAUAUUAACUAGCUAUGUGCAUUUCGCAGCGAUUGGAAACCCAUGAGUUUUCAUUGUGUUCAUUACUUAUCUAAUUAAAACAUCCCCUAGAUAUUUUUUUUCAUUAAUGCCUAUCGAAGGAUCACAAGGCAAAGUAGGCUAGAAAGUCAAAUUAACCCUUUUUAGGGAACUCUAGAUAGGGAUAGGGUAGGCCUAAUUUUUGCCUCCAAAUGGUAUGUCUAAGGGUGGGGUGGGGUCUGCCUUAAGAAAACCACCUACUUCGGUUUGGGCACCCUGUAGUAUCCCGACUUACACAAAUUUAAUGAUAACUAAUUUGCUUGGCACAUACCUGUUUUGGUGCUUUUCUGUACCAAUAUAUAUUUAAAUAAAUAACAGGCCCAAUUUUAACUUGAAAAUCCAUGCCAAAUGUAGAUAAGAUAUUUGCAUAUGUUAAGAGUCUAGAUUUUUUAAACUGAAGUUGCUUCAAAUCUUAUACGAUAAUAAUGAGCUUCCUCUGAAGUGAGAAAAGUAUCAGCUUACAAACCGUUGGUCACUUAUACCAUUAAAGCCCCAGUCACAUGUAUUGAUAACAUGCAGUUAAAUGUGGAAAAAGAGUUAGGAAAUAUUGACUCUAAAAAUACUAAACCUUGCCUUAUGUCAUGGAUUUCUGUCACCGUUAGUAAGGCCUUUGAAGUACGGAGAUAACAUCAAGAACUACUCGCAAAAGUACCAUAUGUGACUUGUUCCAGACAGUUGCCUCUUGGUUCCUCUUUAACGUCUUUUGAAAAGGAGCAUAGUUAUACGAUGUGAGCAACUAGUAAGUAUCAAUCACUUGCACACUUGAUGGGAUCACUUUGUUCACGAGUAUAUCUUUUCUCCACCUCCUGAUACUUUUUCUAUCUCUACUAUUAACCGUGCGCUAUACUAUUUUUUUACGGAAAUGAUGCCCCGAUCCUCCUACCAAGAGAAUAUUGGUUCCUGACCGCUGUGUCCUAUACAAUGCCUAUGAUUCCGGAACGCUCAUGGAGUUGUAGCUAUACCAUUUCUUUAGCGUACUUACGUUACUUUUGCGCUACUUAAUAAAGACGACUCUGAUGAUUAUUGUAUUGUAUGCUCCGAUAGCAGCGCUGUACUGUAAGGUUCUAUCAUCUGUGAUUAAUUAUUUCUCCUGCUUUACAUUAAUAAAAUCUUCGCGAUAGAUGUUCAAUUAAGGCUUUUGAUGAAUCAAAUCUCAAAUAAUGUGCCGUUAUUUUGUUUUAAAUUACUUCACCC